AUCUCAAGUUCAAAUCUCACUACUACUAUUCUAAUUUCCCCAUAAAUCUUUCCCAUUUCACCUCUGUUUCUCUCUGCCCACACCACAGAGAGAGAGAGAGAGAGAGAGAGAUUUAUACAAAGUAGUGAAGGAGAGGAAAGGAGCACCAACCUCAGAUAUAUAAGGAGCAUUACAUGGAUGAGAUAUGGAAGCCAUCAAAGAAGGAAGGUUCAAGUAGCCAUUGCUCCACUUCUUCCAAAUCUCUAUUUUCAAGGAGUUCUUCAACAAAGAGCUCUUCUUCAAAGUCCAAUCUCCUGAGGAGUUUUUCCCAGAAAAGCUCCUCCUCAAAGUGCACCCUUCCCCGGAGCUGCUCACAAAAGAACUCUUCCAUCGGCCGUAAGUGUACUAGCGUAGCAAAGGAACAGAAGGCUAGAUUUUACAUCAUGAGACGCUGUGUCGCCAUGCUUGUUUGUUGGCACAAGCAUGGUGAUUCUUGAUGGGAAAGACAAGUCAGAGAACCAAAAUAUACCUCUUAGAUUGAGUGCUUGCGGUGCCUUGCUCUUUUUUUUUUUUUUUUUUUUUUUUCCCUUCUUUGUGCGAGGUGGAUCUUUGGGUUUUGUUCCAAAACUCAUAUAAAUUUUCUUGCCAUCCGAUCAAGAAGGAUUGGUGCCAUAUUUCGUUUUUUCUUCACUUUCAAUCGGUUUGUAAUUAGAAUCGAAUUGAGCUACUAGUUUUUAGUACACAUUGAAAAGAAAGAGAACAUAUCAAACAUUGGAUUUCACUUGUAUCUCAAUCUUAGCAACUUCUCAAGUAAUUUGAUGUAUAAUGUACGAUUUCUGAUAUUUAAACCGAAU